AAGAAAAUUCCCUUAAUACAAGUACCUUGUGUCCAUACAUAAGAUUUUUCUAUAUUUCCUCCUCCUUCACCUUCUCCCUACAAUUGGAUUUCUCUCUCUUCCCCAAACCCUAAUUUCAACUUCAUUAUUUUUCCCUUCUGAUUUCUCGAAAGAUCAGAUGUAGCAUGGAGGGUUUGGUGUUGAAUUGAUUUGUGAGAGGGUGCUCUAAAAUUGCUGGUGUUGUUGUAGCAUAAAUGUAGUUGUGCCAGUUUUUUCAUCAUGUGGAAAAUACGAGUUUUCGGUAUUUAGAGAUUGCUAAAAAAUAGAGAAGGGAAUUUCACAUGGAUGCCAAUGACUGUGAUACGAAUCAUUUAGAUGGCGAUGUUCGUCUUCCCCCUCGGAAGCGUUUACUAGCUGGGUUGAAGAAACAGAGCUGUUCAGAGAGUAACUCCCCAUGCUCACAAGAAAAUACCCCGAGCCCAAUUCCAAGUUCGAGCCCUAGCCCUUCAUUUAGUGCAAGCCCUCUGAGUGAAUUUGAUGCGCGCUUGAAUAAUUUGUUGAAAUCUUAUAAGAAUGGAUCUAAUAUGUCACCCGAGGAGAUAGCAGUAGCUGCAGGUUCAGCUGCAGCUUCUGCAGCUAAGGCAGCUGAAGUUGCACGAGCUGCUGCUGAGGAAAAAGCUGCAAUUGCUGCAAAGGCAGUAGCUGCUGCUAAGACUGCCCUGAAUGCUGUUGCAUCUGUAUCCGAAGAGACGAGUAGCAAGGAUAAGUACCAGAAGAAGAAUAAGUUGAAGAAGCAUGUCCCAGUUCAACUCUUGUAUAAAAACUACCAACCAGUUGAGAACUGUGGUACAGAUGAAGAGCUUGCUAGGAAACUGCAUCGGGCUAUAAACAGCUCCCCGAGAAUUAAUAGACACUCUUCUGGAUCGGACUCUAAGAAUCAUAAGCACAAGAAGCUGAAAAUCUCGCCAUCCAGUGAAAAGAGUGGCGUUGUUGCUAAUGGGGAUGUUGUAGAAGGAGGUAUGGACUGUGAAGGGUCAAACGAAGAGCCGUAUGCUGUUAAACUAGAUGAUAAGGUAUUAUCAAAGUUUACUACUAAGGCUGAUGAGGUAGAGGUAGAGGUGGAUAGUGGUGAGGCGGAAUCAAGUCACUCCAAAGCGAAAACCUUUACAGCAGCGUCAGAUGAUGUGUGUAACAAUGGUAGGAAGAGAGGUAGAAUCAAGCAAAAAAAGUUGCCUCUAAGCAUAUGUAGCUCUAAAGAUCAGUCAAACCCUAAAGAAGAUCCUCCUAUUCUGACAAACUCAUUGUUGAGUAGAGCUCGAACUGAUAAAUCAACUGCGCGUCAUGUAUCUUUGCUCUCUUUGGAACGUCCUGGUGAAAAUGUCACACCAAUGGAGGUCGCACCAACAUGGAAAUGCCAGGAUUUCAAAGUUUCUCAGUGCAUUAAUCAAGACAAAAUUGUGCAGUCUUAAUGGCUCUAGUGGUAUUUGUUGACAUGUCUCCACCGAAAUGGAAAUUCUCAGCUCAGGUAUAGGAUUUCAAUUGUGUUUAUUGUAGAAAGUCUCUUGUUUAAAAUUUAUAAUUUUUGUUUGCUGCUGCUGCAUUGUAUGGGCUUGUUGACAACAAUGUAUAUUUUUACUGUUCAGUUUUCUCAUAUCGACUGUGUGAUAUAGGAGAUAGGUGUUGCAAUAAUGUGUAAAGCCUUUGCUGAUACACUCAAUACGCGCUUUUCGCUUUGUAGAUGUAGGUCUCUAGAUGUACAAGACACUUUAUAUGUAUGGGGUUUUCUGAUAAUUAUUUAAUGAAUGAUUCAACUUCUUUCUCCAAA